GGUAGUCUGGGAGGUGGCGGACUGACGUCAAUCACUUCGCCAAAGAAAGUGAUUCCUCACCGAAGUGCAGAACGCGAAGCACAUACUAUAGUAUAGCAGCACUCUGUCGUUGAGAUACAUUUUGAUUGGUAUAUUUACCUAUAUUUCAACUAUUUUACAAUGGACGCGAACACUUGCAACAUUCAAGUUCUUCUGCAAGCUGCUGAAUUCUUGGAGAGAAGAGAACGAGAGGCAGAGCAUGGCUAUGCAUCAGUGUUGCCCUUCUACAGUCCAGGGGACUCUAAUAAGAAGAGUAAGCAGAAGAACAAGAAGCUGCAGGCUGCCGGUAGUAACAGGACAGUCCAUAAUGAGUUGGAGAAGCACAGACGUGCUCAGUUGAGGCACCACCUGGAACAGUUGAAGCAGCAGGUUCCUCAGUUGUCUGACUCCAUGAGAAACACCACCCUGAACCUGCUGAGACGGGCUCAGAAACACAUCAAGAAGCUACAGGAGCAGGAUGAACGUGCGGAGCAGUUAAAGGGUCAUCUGCGUUGGGAGCAGAGAGAGCUGAGGGUGAGGCUGGAGCAGCUACAGGGACAUGGAGGCCUGGGGGGUCUGACUGGUCUGGGCCCUGGGGGUCUGACUGGUCAGGGUCUGGGAGGAACAGGAGUGGUCUCAGAGAGGAUGAGGAACGACAGUCUGGGAUCAGCAGCCAUGUCCUCUUCAGAGAGAUCUGACUCUGACAGAGAAGACGUAGAGGUUGAUGUGGAGAGUAUAGUGUUUGAGUGUCUGGACUCUGAUGGACUGGGGACGGUCCAUGGCAUGGAUCACUGUUACUCCAGCAGCCCUGCCUGGGCCGGGCUAUGACCUACCUGCCACUGUAUACUACACACACCCUUCUGGAGGGACACACCGGCGUCUUAUGUCAGCUAGUGCCACGAUUCCCACCUGCACUGUCGGCUUUUAAGGGACGAGCGUCGCGUUGGAGUGACGCCACCUGACGUAAGACAAUGGGGGGACACACAGGAGGAAAAACAUUCCAAAUAGGACAAAGGACAAAACAAUAAGGAAAGAAGAAGAUGAGGAACAACCUCAACAACAUUACAAUACAGGGACAGGACAGCUGGAACAACCUCAACAUUACUGUACAGGAACAGGACAGCUGGAACAACCUCAACAACAUUACUGUACAGGAACAGGACAGCUGGAACAACCUCAACAACAUUAUUGUACAGGAACAGGACAGCUGGAACAACCUCAACAACAUUAUUGUACAGGAACAGGACAGCUGGAACAACCUCAACAACAUUAUUGUACAGGAACAGGACAGCUGGAACAACCUCAACAACAUUACUGUACAGGAACAGGACAGCUGGAACAACCUCAACAUUAAAAUACAGGAACAGGCCAGCUGGAACAACCUCAACAACAUUACAAUACAGGAACAGGACAGCUGGAACAACCUCAACAACAUUACAAUACAGGAACAGGACAGCUGGAACAACCUCAACAUUACAAUACAGGAACAGGACAGCUGGAACAACCUCAACAUUACAAUACAGGAACAGGACAGCUGGAACAACCUCAACAACAUUACAAUACAGGAACAGGACAGCUGGAACAACCUCAACAACAUUACAGUACAGGAACAGGACAGCUGGAACAACCUCAACUACAUUACAGUACAGGAACAGGACAGCUGGAACAACCUCAACUACAUUACAGUACAGGAACAGGACAGCUGGAACAACCUCAACAACAUUACAGUACAGGAACAGGACAGCUGGAACAACCUCAACAACAUUACUUUACAGGAACAGGACAGCUGGAACAACCUCAACAACAUUACUGUACAGGAACAGGACAGCUGGAACAACCUCAACAACAUUACUGUACAGGAACAGGACAGCUGGAACAACCUCAACAACAUUACUGUACAGGAACAGGACAGCUGGAACAACCUCAACAACAUUACUGUACAGGAACAGGACAGCUGGAACAACCUCAACAACAUUACUGUACAGGAUCGGGACAGCUGGAACAACCUCAACAACAUUACUGUACAGGAUCGGGACAGCUGGAACAACUUCAACAACAUUACUGUACAGGAACGGGACAGCUGGAACAACCUCAACAACAUUACUGUACAGGAACAGGACAGCUGGAACAACGUCAACAUUACUGUACAGGAACAGGACAGCUGGAACAACCUCAACAUUACUGUACAGGAACAGGACAGCUGGAACAACCUCAAUAACAUUACUGUACAGGAACAGGACAGCUGGACUACACACAACAACCAGGGAAAAGUGAUCACUUUUUUAAAAAAGUUUUAUUUUAUCUAACUUCUCAUUCAGCUCUGACUUACUGUGAGCUGAAUCUGUUUUUAAAAUAUAUAUUUAGCUCAAAUCUCUGAGCAGGUUUUUAUCUUUGUCUGACCUCUUAAACAGCCUCCACUCAAGGACAGUCCAACCAUAAUUCGGUGGAUGCUUAUACUUGUCCUAUUUAACACAUGUACCUGUGUGUAUUAUCAGCAUGUGUGAAUUGGAAAUGUGUUUUGUUUCCAUGUCCCAACUCCCCCCCCUGAGACACCUUCAGAGUCACAGCCUGGGUCAGCCAUUAUCAUUAGGGUUAAGUGCCUUGCUCAAGGGCACAUCGGCAGAUUUCUUUGCUUGGAGAUUCAAACUAGCAACCUUUCGGUUACUGGCCCAACGCUCUAACCACUCGGCUAGCUGCCGCCGUAUGAAUGGCGGUAGGAACCAUUGAGCUUCAUUAUACUUUCUCACCACAGUAUCACUGACUUCAAAUAGAAACAACAGGGUAGUAUUCAUUAGAAAACAUACUGAAACAAUAAGAAAAGCUCUGUUUUGUUUUCCGUUGCAAAAAGUUUUGCGACCGUGUGCUCUUAAUGAAUACGACCCGUUUAAUGAAGGCAAUUCGAACCGAGCGUCAUGGAUUGAAUAGGUGCUCAAGGUGCUGUGCUCACUGUCCACAAGCGUUAUGAAAACACCAGACAUGGCCCAAUAAUGUAGUGCACUACUUUAGACAGGGCCCAAUAAUGUAGUGCACUACUUUAGACAGGGCCCUAUAAUGUAGUGCACUACUUUAGACAGGGCCCAAUAAUGUAGUGCACGAUAUAGGGCAGGGUUUCCCAACUGGUGGCCGGCCAGUAGGGGAUUGUAUUUAUUUAUUGUUGUACAUCAGACUAUAAAAACACCAUCAAAUCAAUUUGAUUUAAUCUACUAAUUAUCUGUAAUUAUGUUCCGCCCCAGUCUACGAAUUAUUUGUAAUUAUGUUCUGGCCCCAGUCUACGAAAUAUCUGUAAUUAUGUUCUGGCCCCAGUCUACGAAUUAUCUGUAAUUAUGUUCCGGCCCCAGUCUACGAAUGAUCUGUAAUUAUGUUCCGGCCCCAGUCUACUAAUUAUCUGUAAUAAUGUUCCGGGCCCCAGUCUACUAAUUAUCUGUAAUUAUGUUCCGACCCCCAGUCUACUAAUUAUCUGUAAUUAUGUUCCGGCCCCCAGUCUACUAAUUAUCUGUAAUUAUGUUCCAGCCCCCAGUCUACUAAUUAUCUGUAAUUAUGUUCCGGUCCCCAGUCUACUAAUUAUCUGUAAUUAUGUUCCGGCCCCCAGUCUACUAAUUAUCUGUAAUUAUGUUCUGGCCCCCAGUCUACUAAUUAUCUGUAAUUAUGUUCCGGCCCCCAGUCUACUAAAUAUCUGUAAUUAUGUUCCGGGCCCCUGACCAUCCGCUCAACGUAGGGAACAGGGAACCCUUAGGGACCCGUACCAGUUCACCAAACGGUGCUACAAUCUUUUGCUCUAAGGUCUUCUUUACAAUAUCUCUAUAUUGGAAAACACUGCCUUUAACUCUCCAGCCUUUCGCUCCAGCCAACAAGCUUCAGGAAUAUUAUAACGUAUUGUCACCUUGUACAGCAUUUAUUAAGUCUGUAGUCUGUCUGUCUGUUCUGUUAUUGUGACUAAGUCUGUCCUUUUAUUUUAUUUUAUUUAUAUUUGUUAUUUUGUUUUGUUGCACAAAACUAUCCACAUAGCACUUCUUCUUUGCAUCCUAAAAAGCACAAUAAUUCCCUUUUCUAGUGCACUACUGUUGACCAGGUUCCAUAAGGCUUCGGUUAAAGUAGUGCACUAAAUACGACAGGGGUUCUCAAACUUUCAUCAGGGACCCCCUCUCAUAAUCAGAACUGGAGUGAGAUAAAAAAACAUAGUUCAAGUAAUUACACUAGGACUAGGGCAGUGCAUGGCUUCCCUCCAUAUGGAGCCUCCGACCACAUUUUCAGAUCCAGCAUAAAUUGUCCCUUAUGAACAUGCAUUGUAUUACAAUCUCAAAGAUUAUUCCACGGAUCCCUUGGACAAAAUGUGUUUAUUCUGUUGUAAGUAAUAUUCAUAAAAAUAUAAAAAAACAUGUAUCUUUGAGAACCCCUGGUCUGGCUGUUGACCCCCUUGCAGUACAGACCCCACUUUGAGAACCCCUGAUAUAGGGUGCUAUUUGGGGAUGUACCCUUUAUAUCUUGUAAAGGUUGUGGGUAAUAUCACUCUGAGCAAUGCUUCUACUGAACUGGGGUGAGUUUCUCCAGAAAACAAAGAUAAUCUUUUAGCCUUUAGAUCAUUGUUUAUCCAUUGGACUUGAGAUUAUAUUUUAUGUUUUUAGGAAAUGCACCCCUGAAAUUUCCCGGACAUAAAUUAAGAUUACUGUAGUCCUGGACACAAAAAAAACUAAUUUUCCUUUGAGCUUGCUUUUUAAUCCACGGGCUGAGGCAGGGAUUCAAUCCGGUCACGGGUUAUAGGCAUUGCGGGUUAUAGGCAUUGCCGUUUUUAAAGGUAAUGUUCCCCGCAUCUCGUGGAGAACCCAUUCACAGUAAACGCUACAUAUGGCAGCUCAAUAGGAAAUUACCUUUACACCCGCGAUGCCUAUAACCCGUGAUAGGAUUUAAUCCGCUCUAAAUCGUGUGUCCAGGAAACCACCAUCUUUUAAUUACCUAGCCAUAUUGUAACAAGACUGUUUGUUCUUCAUGAGUUUAACAGUUGAAUUAGUUUCAUGUUUCUGAUGUGGACAUUAUGGAACUCAUAGGAAAUGCAGGUGUCUUUGCUAAGUGUCCAUACGGGUGCUAUAAUGGUGCAUAUUUUGCAAACAUUUGAUUUACAAUUGCUCGUAUGAACUUGAAGUCAUUCUGUCUGGAUUUCAAGUCAUUGAAUAUGUAUUACUCAUAUCUUGACUAUACCUGCAAUAGAUGCCACCAUGUUAGGAAAAUAGUACAUGUUUGGGUAAAAAGCAUUAUUUUGAUAUGUAAUACAGUACUUGCAAUUUACAUUAAUGCAACUGUAGCCUUGGAUGCCAGGCUUAGCCAAUGAGACAAGAUUUGGAAGGAUGGGGCUCUGCGAGACUGAUGCAGCUGUCUUACAAGUACCAGUCUACUAAAACUAAACUCACUGUGGAUUUCAUCCUCUGAGGUGACUGCCUGCCUGGAAGUUACCCACUGAGGUGACUGACUUUCAGAAUGCUACCCAGAGGUGACUGACUGCCUGGAAGUUACCCUCUGAGGUGCGCUGACUGACUGCCUGCCUGUUACCCACUGAGGUGCGCUGACUGACUGCCUUCAGGAUGUUACCCAUUGAGGUGCGCUGACUGACUGCUUGCCUGUUACCUACUGAGGUGACUGACUGCCUGGAUGUUACCCACUGAGGUGCGCUGACUGCCUGCCUGCCUGUUACCCACUGAGGUGCGCUGACUGCCUGCCUGGAUGUUACCCACUGAGGUGACUGACUGACUGACUGCCUUCAGGAUGUUACCCACUGAGGUGCGCUGACUGACUGCCUUCAGGAUGUUACCCACUGAGGUGCGCUGACUGACUGCCUUCAGGAUGUUACCCACUGAGGUGCGCUGACUGACUGCCUUCAGGAUGUUACCCACUGAGGUGCGCUGACUGACUGCCUUCAGGAUGUUACCCACUGAGGUGCGCUGACUGACUGCCUUCAGGAUGUUACCUACUGAGGUGCGCUGACUGACUGCCUUCAGGAUGUUAAUACCCCAACAAGAUGCCUUAUGACCUUGUCAUUGCAACAAGAAAAUGUCUGUAUAUCUGUAUGCACUUAUAAGUCUUCCUCUGUCCCAGUACAAUUACGUAGCAUUUGUAUACUAGGGUAUGUAUGCCUUUUGUAUGAAUAAAUAUUUGUAAUAUUUAA